AUGAAUAAAAAAUAUACUUCUUCUAACUUAAAUCCAAAAAUUCUUGAGGACAGAGAUGAUAUAAAUUUUGGAACAUCCUUCAUUGAUGUUAUUAUGUAUUAAAAUACUUUUAAUGAUUUAACUUCAUUCCUUGAUACAGGAUCACUAAUUAAUUUUCAACUAAGUUCCAAAGUAUUUAAAAUAAGAAGAUGGAAAAAGUAUUUUAAGAAGGUAAUUUUUCAAAGACUACUUUAACCAUUAGAUCAUAAAUUAAUCUCCUAAUUUAUUAUUGAUUAGAAAUGCUAACAAUUUAUGUAUUGGGACUCUGUCAUUGACUUUAAACGCUUAAAUCUACAAUACGCACAUUAAUAUAAAUACUAUUCUUGUUAACAAUCUAAUGAAGCAGCAAAUAUACAGAAGGAUAUUGAUAGAACAUUUUCAUAACAUCAAUAUUUUAAAUAAAUUCAUAAUAGAUAAAGACUUUAAAGAAUACUAAUUGCAUUAUCUAAGAUCUACGAGGAAUUAGGCUAUAUUCAAGGGUUGAAUUAAAUAGCAGGCUGCUUUCUUAUCAGUGGUUUAAGUGAGUAAUAAGCCUUCUGGAUAAUGUAUUAUAUUUUGAAAAAGAUGAAAUAUGCAACAAUAUUUCUUGAUUAAUUUAGUUAAUUAAAAUUCUUGAAUUUCGUUGUUGCAGUAUUUUUAAGAAAUUAUGUACCAAAUCUGUCUGCAUAGUUUGUAAAUAUAAAUUAAUAAUUAAGUUAUUAAAUAAAAUUGAUAUCGGGAUUAUAACAACGAGAUGGUUUCUUGUAAUCUUCGGUUAUGAUUUGCCUUAAAAAUUAGUAUAAAUUCAUAAUUUAUAUAGUUAUUAUAAGUUUGGAAUUUGUUUUUGUAGAAAGGCAUCAAGAUUUUAAUCAAAAUAUCAAUAUCAAUCUUUAGAUUAGUAUCAGAUUUCGAAAACAUAGAAGAUUUGUAUGAGAUGUUAAAGGAUGACUUAUUUGACCUAUUAGAUUCAAACGAAUAAUAUUAGAUCAAAUUGAUUGAGUACUUUAAAGGUUUUAAAAUUACUAAUCGACUAAUUAAUGAAUUAAGAUCUAAAUUCGAAACCAAUGAUGAAUCUCUAACUUUAUCAUUUGAUUAUACUUAGAAAAAACAUUAUUGGAAGAAAGGAGGAGACAGUGCAAGAAGCUUAAUCAGUUCCUUUAAUGAAAUUAUUAGCGAGAUUCAAGAGGAAAGGGAUACCUUCUAUUAAAAAUCUCAAUCCUUCUUAAAUGUUUGUUUCCCAAGGUUAAUCAAUGUGAACUACUUGGUGGCUUCAGAAGGAAAAAAGAGUUUGUCUAUUAAAAUAGAAAAAAGACCAUAAUUGAUAAAGAGAUAAAUUCUCUCUCAACAAUUUUAAAUGUCUAUACCCUAAUCUGCGAAUGGAGAUUAAGUAUGAAAUUUAACUAUAAGGAAUCUAAUAUUUAUGCUGACGAAAUAUAAAGUAAAAUGAGUCCUAAUGAUGACGAUGAUGACAUUAUUGAAAGAAGUACAGCUCAAGAUUAUAAAAGAACCCUAAACAAACAUAAUUGA